AUGCGAGAUCCCUUUCCCCCUCCUCCACCAUGGCUUGUUAGUCUGGUGACGCCCUUGAGCGAGACUCUCCAUCUCCCUUCCCUACCGAACCACAUCCACGAAGUCCUUGGAGCCUUUGUCCUGUACCAGACAACUCAGUCCAUUCUGUCGCCUGUUCUCUCGAAUUUCCUAUUUCCCAACAUCUACCCGAAGCUCACGCGACGUACUCGCAUUAACUGGGACGUACACGUGGUGUCUCUGCUACAGUCGUGUGUCAUCAAUACUGCGGCAUUAUGGGUAAUGUUCAAGGACGAGGAGCGUAAGGGUAUGCACGGCAGUGCAAUUGAGCGGAUAUACGGAUACACGGGUGCGUCCGGGCUCAUUCAAGGCCUGGCGACAGGAUACUUUGUCUGGGAUCUUGUCGUGAGCGCGCGCUACCUCAAGAUCUUUGGUCCAGGUAUCCUAGCCCAUGCCAUCACUGCCCUCUCAGUGUUCGCACUAGGAUUUAGACCAUUUUGCAAUUAUUAUGGCCCGGUGUUCAUUCUCUAUGAACUGUCGACUCCUUUCCUCAACAUCCACUGGUUCUGCGAUAAACUCAACAUGACCGGGUCUCAGCUGCAAUGGUACAACGGAAUGAUUCUUCUUUCGGUGUUCUUUGGUUGCCGUUUGAUCUGGGGCACCUACCAGUCGUUGCGGGUAUAUCAAGAUGUGUGGCAUACGAUGCACCUCAACACUCAAUCAGGCCCUGUUCUUCGCGAGAUCCCCGCUUCCCAUUCUUCUAUAUUCGUCCCCAGAGACGGCCAACUAUGCCUAGGUGACAAGAGCUGCAUUAUAGCUCAAUCCGAAGUCAUGCAGUUCACUGGAUCACAGACGGAAUCUGUUCCAGUCUGGCUGGCGGGGGUGUAUCUGACUUGCAAUCUGGUACUGAAUUCGCUCAACUUCUACUGGUUUGGCAAGAUGAUUGAGGCAGUCCUGAAGAGAUUUGAGGGUAAGCCCCACGAGGAGUUUCCUCGUGAACGCGAACGGAAGCAAAGCAUUGUGGAGGCCGCGGCGACUGAGCUCGAUUAUGAGACUCUCUCGGGACCCAAGACGCCAGACGAGGAGGAGAAAGAGCCAGCCGUUAAAGGGAAGAGCACUGCGCUUUUGGACGGAUCAGCGAGGAAGCGAUAG